AUGAUGGAGGCACAUUUCAAAAACGUGGAUUAUCUCAGGAGCCACAGAAAAAUAAGAAUUUUCAGUCUGGUCUCAUCCUGGAUAGCCAUCCUUCAAAAUUCCAUCACUUUCGUCAUUGAUGUCCUCAGUUUCUUUCCAACCACUGUCACUCUGGGAGAUACCAACGGGGUGCUGACUUACACCAUCCCUUUAUUCACCUCAAGUUUUGUGAUACUGCAAUUUUGUGGAUGCAUGCUAGUUAUGAAAGAGAAAUUCAGAUGGGUCAACCAAGAACUCAAAGCUCUGGUGCGAACUUGGAAAAAGUAUUUCAAAACCAAAAAGGCGAAGCUUGUGAUGGAAAAUCAUUCCGAAUACUUGAGGUACGAUGAAGGCUUAUUCGCCGAUAUUCUAGAAAAUCUGCGAAUGAGAUACUACCACAUCCACAGUCUCACAGAAGAACUGAACGAUAUUUUUGCCAUAUCUUCUCUUUUUACUGUUCUCCAAUGCUUUCUCAGCUUGCUUAUGUACGUCAUGUAUCUAGUCAGGGGCUUGGAGAGAGCUACUUGGUAUAAAACUAUUAUGUUCAGAUGCUUAUGUGGUGCCGUUUUCUUGGUUGAUGUUAUGAAGUUAUCCACCUUAACAUAUACAAGUUCAUUUUUAACCACAGAGGCGGAUAUACGGGCUCCUAUCGAACGCACUGAUACUGAUAAUGGGGACAAUAUCGAAUGCAACGGCAGAGAUGGAGGUGAUGUUUGCUGA